AUGUUGGAGAAAGCGAAACAACGCAAUAAAAUACAUCAGGCAACAAUAGCAAUGCUGAGGCAAAUGUCAUCAGAAGAAGGUCGAUUGCUGCAAAUUUUGGCUGGACUGCCUGGAACCAACCAAAAGAUGAUCCAGCACAUUGGUCAGAAGAUCUGCAAGAGGUUUGGCAAGAGGCUGCAUGAGGCAAUUCCGUGGGAAGGGCAUGGAGCUGGAAAUGGAGCUGGGACAGAGGUUGGGCCAGGAGUUGGGCAAGGUGCUCGGCAUGGAGCUAGAGAUGGAACUGGGCAAAAUGCUGGGCAAGGGGCUGGGCAAGGAGCUGGGUUAGGGGCUGUAGGACUUGACUGUGCGCUUGGACAGCAUGAGGACCUGCUUGAUCCGAUCAUUGAGGAUGUGGUUGUCGGGGCUACUCAUAUUUUAAACAUGUGCACGAUGUUGGAGAAAGCGAAACAAUGCAAGAAAACAAAUCAGGCAACAAUAGCAAUGCUGAGUAAAAUGUCAUCAAAAGAAGGUCGAUUGCUGCAAAUUUUGGCUGGACUGCCUAAGAACCAACCAGAAGAUGGUCUAGCACAUUGGCCAGGAGAUGUGCAACGAGUUGGGCCAAGGGUUGAAGGACUUGACUGGGUGCUUGAACGACAUGAGGCAAUUCCGUGGGAGAGGCAUGGAGCUAGCUGUAGAGCUGGGCUAGAGGCUGGGCAAGGAACUGGGCAAGGGGCUGGGCAUGGAGCUCUACAUGGAGCUAGAGAAGGAGCUGGGCAAGAUCUUGGCGAGGGGCUGGGCAAGGAGCUGGGCUAG